GCACGAUGUGGCGAACUUGCGACUUUGUUGAUUUAUGUCAAAUAGCUAGUUUUUUUUUCGAAGGAAUUUCUUAAGUUUAUCAUUUUUAAAUUACAUUAAAUAGUCCAGCUAAAAUGCCAUCUAAGAAGCGAAAAUAUAAUCAACGUUUCCCUGCUGGACGAAUCAAGAAAAUCAUGCAGAGCGAUGAAGAAGUGGGAAAGGUCGCACAAGCCGUGCCCAUUAUAAUCUCUAGAACAUUGGAAUUGUUUGUGGAAUCGCUACUUAACAAAACAUUACGCAUAACCAACGCCAGGAAUGCGAAGACACUGUCACCGUCGCACAUGAAACAAUGUAUCAUGUCGGAAACCAGAUUUGAUUUUCUGAAGGAGUUGGUGAAAAAUGUUCCAGAUAUAAACGUUGACGAGAUGCAAACGUCCGCUGACGAGCACACAGCCACCGAUUUAACAAUGCCAUAUCAAAAACCAUCUGUACCCGCUACCAGUAGUGAAUCUUCGGUCGGCGGUACAUCAAAGUCAAUUAGGUCUAUACCGCCAUUUAAUGGAAAUAGUUCGACGGCAACUGCGACUAUUCGAAAUGGAAACAAAAAAAGUCGUCCAGUGACUCCAACGUCGACGUCAACAAAACCGCAACCACUGCUUAAAACACAGAGUAUGGACCAAUCACUUCUUACGAGUAUGUCGCCUACCUCAUCUUACCAUACACCAAAUUUCUACACAGAAAUCUCAGAAAGUCCGGUCAUGUCUCCCACAACAGUGAAUUCAAGUUCAGUGAUUCAGUUUACACCGAAAAUUCAAAACGAUUUGAACCUUGACAUUCGACCACCUAAAUUGACUAGAAUUGAUUCGGCACCAGGUUGUUUGGGUGAUAUGGUUUAUAGAGCACCAAUAACACAAUGCGAUACAGCACCAGUAAUGACAUUCGAUUUUACAAAGACCGCUUUGCCGCCUCCAUUGUAUCCAAGUGUUAAGCCACCUGUUCCUCCAUUGACACCGAUAAUUCACAGUCAAGCACAUACUAAACUGCAUUCACCAUUUUCGUAUCCGUCCACAUCGACGCUAAUACCGUCUCCAUCGACGUUAAUAUCGUCUCCAUCGACAAUAAAAACCGCACCUCCAUUCGUCAAAGUUGAUGUUUGCAGUCCAUCUGCUUUGAUUAAGUCAAACAAUUUCACCAAUCCAAGUUCAGCUACUUCGUCGGCGUCAACGUCGAAACCAAUGGCUCCGAUAUUGAAUAUUGAUUUAUCGAAUAGUUUUAACAUUUCCCAACCAACGUUCGGAUCAAUUAGUUCAUCCAAUACUUUAGAAAUGGAUGAAGACUAUGACAAUAUUUGAAAAGGGAUGGUAAAAUGGAAUUGGUUUUUUUUAUAUGCGCGUAUGAAUAGAUCGUAGUUAUGUAACUUAUUUUAUACAUUUGUUCAUGUUCAUCAUGUAUGUUCACUCAAUUUCAUUUUUAAUUUUUGUGGAAAUAAACCGAAGAUCAUUUUACAUAACAAAAAGUUAUAAUAAAUUUGAAAUGUGUACCAGUGUUUGUAUAAAAAAAAGUCAAUAAGAAAAGAGGUGUUGUUCCCGAGACGUUGAGUUAGGAAUAUAUUGAUUAUUUGCUCAACCAAACUAGAUUUUGUGGAUAUUUUUAAAAUAAAAACAGAAAGAUAAAUG